ACUAUUUCCCUGUUACCCGUGUGACGUCAUGCGGGCGUGACUUAAGUUCUAAGUCUCUGAAAGUUUGUGACUUUUAAGUGCUAGAAAAUAUCAUCGUGUUUCUGCUGCUGUAGAAAUGGCUCGGAAGAGACGUGUUUUCUCGCGGAGUUCUCGUUUGUGUGGAUCAACAGUUAAGUGAUGAUUAAACCGUUCCUAGAAUUUUAUGUAAUUUAAUUGCAACCGUAUGUGUGCUAACGGUAUACGGCUACAUGCAUGCCGUGGCUGAACUUCAGUCCGCUGCUUCGGCUUUGAAGCUCAUCCCAUGAUGAACUGCGCGAGGUUUCCCAAGUAUUCCUUGCUGGAUCUGUUCUUCACGCUCAUCGGCGCGUGCAUGUUUCUCUUCGACGUGGGCUCGGAUCUGUGGGUGGCGAAGGAGUUCUACAUGCAUGGAGAGUUCAUGUGGUUCGGGGUUUUGCUGGGAUUCAUGCUCAUGCCAUCUGUCGUCGUUCAGCUCUUCAGCUGGUUUUGGCUGCAGUAUGAUCGCGAUUUGAAGGACUUUGAAUCUCAAGCGUCCGCCGGGAACGUAGUUUUGUUCAGUGGAGCGAAAAGAGUAAAACUGUUGCUUUUCCUGCAUGUGUGUCAGCUGGGCAUCUUCAUCAGGCACAUAUCAGCUAUCUGGCAGGGUUUUCGUGUGUGGUGGCGAAAGGGGUGUGGGUCUGAGUAUGCAGUUUAUCUGACCCAUGACCUUAGCAUGCUGCGGCUCAUUGAGACGUUCUGUGAGAGCGCACCGCAGCUCACCCUCAUGAUGUACAUCAUGCUGUGCAGCAACCACGCAAGACUGGUCCAAUAUGUGAGCGUGUGCGCCUCCACUACCUCAAUAGCCUGGAUGGUGGUGGAUUAUCAUCGGUCGCUUCGUUCGUUUCUGCCCGACAAGGACAAGCAAGGUUGGUUGUCAUCUGUGGUCUAUUUCUUCUGGAACCUAUUUCUGAUUGGUCCACGUGUGGCUACGGUUGCUCUUUUUGCCUCUGUGUUGCCCUGCUUCAUCGCGGCUCACUUCCUGCUUCUGUGGCCCGUCUUUGUGAUAUGGGCCUGGAGGCAGGGCACCGAUUUCAUGGACAGCCCAGCGGGGGAACGGCUCUACCGAGCCACCAUAGGGCUCAUCUGGUACUUCAGCUGGUUUAAUGUGGCUGAAGGAGGCACCAGAGACAGGAGUCUGAUCUACCACACAUUUAUAAUCGUAGACACCAGCAUCCUGUUGACCACAUGGUGGUUGUACCGAGAUGCAGAGAUGACCCAGUCGUACGCCUUCAGUCUGAUAAUCUCCGUCCCGCUUUGUUAUGUCUUGGGCCUGUUUAUAAAAGUUCUCUACUAUUGCUGUUUUCACCCCAAACUGUGGCGGCCUGCAGAUUUGAGAAAAGCUAAAUAUGAUGUAACGGAUGGAGUGGAGCUGCCUGUUGAUGUUCAGGCUGACGGUGCUUCUGUUCAAACCUUUAACAAGAGGAUGGGCCGACAUGCUGCUAACUUUUACACAACAAACACCUCGUCUGCAGUUAAAACAAAUGAAUGUGAAACAACUAAUGCAUCAGUACUGUAAAAAUCAGUGGUAUUUAGCUUGUUUGACUGUUACAGAUACGUUAUUACACUGCAAAAAGUGAUAAGUUGACUUAACUUAAAAAAUAUUGAGGAAACCCAUUGCCUUAAAAUUAAGUAAAUAAUAAAAAAAAAAAAAAAAAGUUAAGUGAACUUAUCGCUUUUUACAGUGUAUAUUUGUAAAUUCUUCUACAUAGUGUUGUUACAAAUGAUGUUCUUUGGAUAAUGUUUUGUUUGUGUUAAAGAAACCGCUCGCCCCAAAAUAAAAAUAAAAAUGAUAUAUGCUACAAAUAUACCCAUAUUAUACCCAUUUACUUAUGACUGGUUUUGUGCUCCAGGGUCACAAUGUGUUAAAUUAAACUAUAUAUAUAUAUAUAUAUAUAUAUAUAUAUAUCAGUGUGACAUAAACAGAGCAACAUGUAUUAGGAAAUCAUCUUUUGCUAAUCGUUACUUCA